UGAGAGGGCGCCUAAAAGAGGUCCUUUUUCUUGGUGACGUGUAUGCUUGACGGCGAUAUGUGAAACUAAACAAAACGGAUGAUAAAACAUUGCAUAACUUUCGAUUAGAGGCUUUUAAAUUUUAUUUUUUACCGUGUUUUUGGUGGCGCCUUUAACCAUCACUGAAAAUGGAGAUGCUUUACCAUCAGACCAAUAAACAAAUUCAGGAGGUUCAGUCUCAGAUGGGACGACUGGAGACAACAGACCGACAGUCAGUCCACUUACUUGAGAAUGAACUUCAAGCCAGAAUUGAUCAGAUCUUUAAUCAGCUGGAACGACUCGAGAUACUAGCCAGUAAAGAGCCGCCAAACCGACGCCAAAAUGCCAAACUGCGUGUUGAUCAGCUAAAGUAUGAUGUGCAGCAUCUUCAGACAGCCCUGAGGAACUUCCAGCACAGACGUUACGCUCGCGAGGCUCAGGAGAGAGAAAGAGAGGAGCUCUUGAGCCGAAGCUUCACAACAAACGAUGCAGACACCUCCAUCCCUAUUGAUGAAACCCUGCAGUUUAAUAGCAGUCUACAAAACGCUCACAGAGGAAUGGACGACCUGCUGGGCUCAGGCUCCAGCAUCCUUAAUGGCCUGAGAGACCAGAGGAGCACGCUUAAGGGUACCCAUAAAAAGAUGUUGGAUGUCGCAAACAUGUUGGGUUUGUCGAACACGGUCAUGCGUUUGAUUGAGAAGCGAGCAACACAGGACAAGUUCAUCAUGAUGGCUGGAAUGCUGGCUACUUGCUUUGUCAUGUUCCUGGUGGUUAAAUACCUUAGCUGAACUUUCCCAGCUUUAGCCGACCUUGCUCCUUGAUCCUGUCAGUGGCUCAUUACGGUUUUCAUGGCACAUGCACCACAUCAUGAAAACUGCAGAUGUGUGCUGAACGAAGUCACACAACUGCUUUGCAGGAUGACUGUCAGUAUCUUCACAAAUCUUUUGUGUCUCUAUUUCUUUAUCUACUGUGUUUUAAAAGACAUUGAAUUAUUUCAUAACUUUCUGCUCAUCUGAUUUUCAAAUAGGCAGUUUAAACACAUUAGUCUCUGCUAAAGAUCAGUCCUCCUGUAGUUCAGUUUGGUUGUUGCUGAUGGUGUCAGAGCAAAUAGACAUUAAAAUGUACUUUAAAGUGGUCUGUUAUCUGGCUCUUCAUCGCCAUCUUUUGGAGAACAAACCAAAAAUGUUUGGUUAUUUAAUACUGAUUUUGUACUGUACUAUUCCUAACACUUCAAACCUGUAAAUACAGAUUCUUAGAAGUUUUUGUGCAAUAAACUCGUCGCCCAUAUA